AUGAGCAAGAAAUAUAUCAGUAUCUAUCGAACAGGAGACGAGUACGCCACGGUUGAACACAACGGCGACAAAAUCAGAGACAUCACAUGGAACACGGGAGAGGAGCCGUUCGACCUCACGGAUGACGAUAUUCGCAAGGUGGUGGAUUUUCGGAUAGAGUUCGAUAAGGUGAAGCGCGAGGUACUCGCCUACACCGCCGCUGGAAGAACAGGCAUUGUACGCUGCAAACGAAAUGCCGCAAAACGCGAAGAACUGGCGCAAACCAUACACGAUAUAUCUGAAACGUGCGAACUGAUUAAAACGCUCGGUUCACAAAUCCACACAGACGCGAGGGAUGAAAACGAGAAUACGCGCGCAGAUACGGUAGAGGAAAUUCCUUGCGACGGCGAGCCGCGUUUCAUUGGUCUUUCAAGGCAGGGGCAACUCAUCUUCUUCUGCUUCAAGAGAGAACACAACACGACAAAGGGCGAACUGUUCUACGCUUUCCCUAACAGGGGCGAGGAUAUACUUGGCAGAAAAUGCAGCGAAGUUCUUGGCAAACUGCCAGAGAACGGCAUGAAAAACGAAAUACGCCAGCACAUCAGAAAACUUUGCGAGUACGACGGGCUUGAAAUACUCGCCACGGAAAGAAUUGACGAAAACGAGUUCAUUGACAAGGUUCUGAACAACAUAGACUUCUUUAUCAUACUCUACGAUUUGGCAAACCUUGAACUGGCACGCCGGAACAUAAGAACCGCGAAAGGGGAUUGGUGGCAACAGACGAGCAAAGGCGCAGCGUUCAGGAAGCGUUUUUCAAAGUUGGACGCUGAUGAAAGGCGCACAACUCUCUCUUUCCUUACGGGUAGGCUUAUGCAGGACGACGCCGAGUGCAACGAGGAAUGGGAAGAAUGGAUUUCCAGCGAAGAAGUGGCAAUUGUUGAUGAAAUCACAACAAAACUUCCAAAGAUGCUGCGGGUAAUCGACCACGCGCUGUGGGCUUCCUUGUCAAAUGACGACAACGAGGACACAAACGCGCCAGAGAAUACCAGAAAACGCGCAUUGGAAGAUGCCACGGCUGGUAUCUUUGCAAGUGCAGACAGUGAAGAAUACGAAAAAAUGCUCGCUGCCAUCGGGCGUUUCCCAGAAAUAGGCGACAUGCUUGCGGAACGCCACGAGAUAAUGAUAAGGGUGGCGCAAACAACCGCACGCGCUCGCGCACUUGAAAGAAAAGUGAAAGCGUGGAUUGAUAACAAGAAGCCAUAA